UCGUGUUGGAUGAGCACCCUCAUGUCCUGGCCCCCUUCCCCUCGUUUGUUUCUCUUUUCUCCUCUUUUUUCCCCAUAAAAAGGCCUUCCCCAUUACUGAGCAGUCAGCAGGGAGUACCCUAUCUGCCAUUAUACAAACCUUGCUUGCUACAUACAUCAUGAGCUAUAGGAACCCUCCCACUAAUACAUGCUCUCUCCGGCAGCGGCACCAUGCGCUAUAGGGGCACGCGUCUGAGGAGUGGCAAGUGGGUGUCGGAGAUAAGGUUGCCACGUACCACGAAGCGCAUUUGGCUAGGGACAUACCCCACACCUGAGAUGGCUGCUGCUGCUUACGAUACUGCCACUCUUGCAUUGAGGGGCCCCGAAGCCCAUCUCAUACUCUCUUAUCCUAUUCCUGCUUCCUUCUCCGAUUCUGAUUCUGAUAUUCGCGAUGCUGCUGCCGUCGCCGCCUCCAUCGUCGCAGCUCCUCCUGCUCAGCAAGUAGGGGAUUAUUUUGAUGAGGAUGAGGUGUUGAAUAUGCCGAGUGUAAUCGAAGACAUGGACAGGGGACUACUGAUUAGCCCACCCAGGAUCCCUUCUUUCUCCGACGAUGACUACUUCCCCCUCGACCACACCCACUUUUAUUCAGAUAUCUAUACCCUUUGGUAAUUAUUCCACUUUCAUGGUGCACUUUUUCAGGUGAAAUAUGUUGGGAGUGACUGCUACUUUCUAUCCAAAGAAGCUAAUCAUUUUAAGAUUUGGGCCUAAAGAGAUUAUCAGGCUUGCUUUGCUUUCUAUAUAUCACGGAUGCGGACCUUUUAAUUUUGUUCUCCCUUUUCUCAUCCCUAAGCUUCUGAUCUGUUUAAUAUGUAUAGUAUUAUGUCAUUGGGUGAAUGAAACUACCUCUUCUGCGUGCUAUCUAUUAGUCCAUCAUCAAUUUCUGUAAUAUUUAUAGACAGCUUUAUUUGGUAUUUCUUGUGUUA